UUUGGCGUCCAUGAUACUGUGGGAGUUCGUACUGACUGGUAUUCAGGUCUACGUUACAAUUCUUGCAUUCUUGCCCAGUUCUCCGGCCAGUUUACGGUCAUCUGUCAACCGCAACCUGGCAGAUAUCGUGGAGCUGCACGAGGAGAUCCUCAGGGAGCUACAUCGCAUUGUGCCCCGUUCGGAGUACACACAGGCAGUUCUUCCCGCCCAACGAAGCCGUUCAAACCCGCCGAGGGGCGGACAUCACCGCUGGAGAAGCUUGGAUGCCGUACCGGAGGGCAGAGAUAGAGUCUCGUCGAUGCCGGGCGUUUCCCGAAUGGCGAUCGAACCUCAGGGGGCAGCCGAGGUUGCAAAGAUCUUUUUGAAAAGGGUGAACCGCUUCUUCAUCUAUGAGGAGUACGGUGCAAAGUACGAGUUGAUGAUCAAAGACGUUGCCGCCGCGCACCGGAUGAUGCCAGGUUGGCCAUCGUACCAGAAAGGGCUCGAAAUUCUGGCAUCAUCUCUGGCAUCCGCCGACAACUCCCGCGACGAAGGGAGGAAAAGUCUCACUAUCGGCGACCUGCUUGUCAAGCCGAUCCAACGUGUGUGCAAGUACCCCCUUCUCUUCUCCGAGCUGCUGAAGCAUACGCCUGUAAUCGACUGCCCCCAUGCGCACAUGGAUAUCGAGACUACUCUCGUCAGACUUCGCGAGGCGACGGCCGAGAUCAACAGAGCAACAAACGACUCUCGGACAAAAUCCGUGUUGGAGAAGACGUGGAUCCUCCAGGAUCGAUUGGCGUUCCCAUAUCAGCUGGACGCAGCUUCUAAGAACCGUAUCCGAUCAUUCGGUCACAUCCGGCUCUGCGGUGCUCUUCACGUCUGCUGGCAAACCAAAGAAGGCGUGGAUGGCCAGUACAUGAUUGCCCUCCUGUAUCGAGAGUGGCUCUGCCUCGCGACUGCUGGCAGGGUCGGCCAAAUAUACACGAUCCGAGCUUGUAUCGCUGUGGCCAACAUCAGCUUGGAGGACGUCGAUAACGGGCGAGGGCUUCAAUGCCACACGGCACCGCACUCCUGGAAGAUCGUAUUUCUGUGUGACCACCAGCUGUAUGAGUUGGUUUUGACUGCAUGCUCUGCAAAGGAAGAGCUGGAGUGGUGCACGCGGCUGAGAACCGGCCAGCAAGCAGCCGACCCUGAUGGCCAAGAGCAAAUGCAGUCGGACAUUUUCAGUUUUCUGUCAUUGAAUAUCAAGAGCCUGGGGACUGUGUUUAGGAAGCCAGGAACCAUUGCCAGGAGAAUGUCGAUACACCGAGCGACGACCCUGGGACCCAAGUCGCCACUCUGCCAGGUCAUCCUCAAAAACACCAGCGCCGUCAAGGACCCGCCAGCCCCCGGUUACGGCUCUCGGAUCAACAGGUCGCAGUCGCUCUUGACUACAAACAGCCGGAUCCCCGUCCUGGCACCCUCACGAGACGAGAGGGCCCGGCUAGAGGCACUCUUAUCGGACGUCUGGACCCGGGACGUCUUGCCAUUCCCCGGGAUAACGGCUCGAUCCCGGAGCGAUCACCUCGUCCGGACAUCCGCCUCCUCAAUGAUGCGGAAGUUCAGCGGGAGCAUCACCAAUGGCUUCAACAGGCGGUCAGCGAGUCUGGCUAGCCUGCAGCUUAAGGAAAAAGUCGGCCUUGGUCUAGACGGAGAAGCAACCUCGCCAAGCGAGAGACGCCGCACGGCGAGCAUCGGGACAUUGUAUCCACAGCAUGCGCAAGAACGUUCUGCCCCCCUAGCCGAUCCGGCAGAGCGGCGCGCCAGCUCUCCACCCAGGCCUAGGCGAGCCCCGGUAACGCUGGAGAGUGAUCGGUCGAGGACGGUGCGUCGACGAGACACCUACGCUUCUUGCAUCACCCUCGACGGACGCGCCGUGGAUGGCAAGGGAGACGACGGAGACGACGGAGACGGCGGCAAAGGCGGCGACUGUGACGACGACGCAUCACCCUUGCGCUCGCCAUCGGCGUCCAUAAUGCUGCGGAAAUCCUCGGGGAACAGCCCCUCGCGCGCGAGCUUUCAGCGCUCGGCUCGCAGCGAGAUGGCGCCUUCAUCGGUGCUGGACGAGCGGUGUAGGCCGCUUGGAGAGCCAAGGGGCAGGAACCAGGCUCGGCCGUCCCACUCCCACAAGCUUUCGGACAGGUUGGCGAAGGCCAGGGCGAAGCACCGCGAGGUGGUCGUCCAGGGCAUUCGGAGUUGGUUUCGGUAGGUGGACAACGGGUAUUUGUAUCCAGGCGCUGUGGAUCGGCC